UUUCUGAUAUAUAGAGAGAGGCCCCACUCUGUCCCAGAGACAGAAUUGCAUUGCUGAAAUGAAGAAUUGUGAUGAAUGGAAACCUUUCCUAGUUAUGAUAGCAAUUGAUAUUUCUUUAACCAUGGUGAACAUUCUCCUCAAGAAAGUCCUCCAAGAGGGAAUGAACCAUUUGGUUUUUAUCACAUAUCGUUUGUCAGUUUCUACUAUAUUUUUGGCCCCCAUCGGCUACUUUAAGGAAAGAAAUGGAAGACCACGACUCACAUUUCAAAUUUUAUGCUACCUUUUCUUCAGUGCAAUUAUUGGGGCAUCCAUCACACAAUACUUCUUCCUUCUGGGGAUCCAAUACACCUCGGCUACCUUUGCUUGUGCCUUUGUUAACAUGGUGCCGGUGAUCACAUUCAUUAUGGCGUUACCAUUUGGAUUAGAAACUGUGAACAUCAAAUGCAAAGGUGGGAAAGCGAAGAUUCUUGGAACAUUUGUGUGCAUAGGAGGGGCAUUGUUGUUGACACUUUACAAAGGGAAGCCCUUGUUUGAUGACUCUCACUAUCAAUCUGCAGUUCCUCCAGUGGCCAUGAGAUCAUCUGCGAUGGACCAAGCCUCUAGUAAUAGAAUAACACAAAAAUGGACCAUUGGUGUAAUAGCUUUGAUUAUGGGAACCCUCUUUUGGUCUUUUUGGUUUAUUUUACAGUCAAAGAUAGGGAAGAGGUACCCAUGCCAGUAUUCUAGCACUACCAUCAUGACCUUCUUUGGAGCCAUGCAAGCAGCUAUUCUUGCUUUCUCCACUGGCAGCAACUUGUCAUCGUGGAUUGUCAAGGAUAAGAUGCAAAUAAUCACAGUUCUUUAUUCUGGGAUAGUUGGAUCAAGUGUGUGCUACGUGGGGAUGUCAUGGUGCGUGAAGAAGAGGGGUCCCGUCUUCACUGCAGCAUUCAGCCCUCUAGUUCAGAUAAUGUCAGGCAUGAUUGACAUCCCAAUCUUGCAUGAGCAGCUUCAUCUUGGAAGUGUGGUGGGAUCCAUGUUGGUGAUGAUCGGGUUGUACAUUCUUCUGUGGGGUAAGAGCAAGCAGAUGGUACAGAAUGGCGCCACUAAGUUCGCCCAAGAAGUUGAGGAAACGAAGGAACAAGAACCGCAAGUAUAGCGUAUAUGUAUAUCGCUGUCUCUUGUGACUCAAUGAAAUCAAGUGCCACUAAUUUAGUUAUGUUUAUCACUUCUAAUAAUUUCACGCACCUUUCUCUUGCGUCUCUGUGUUUAUAUCUAUUUUUUACGCAGGAAACAAAAAAGUUGACGCUAAAUACCUAAUAUUGAUGUAUAUAUUUCAUUGAGUGAGAAAGAAAUAGGAAGGAG